AUGGACCGUCCACAUUCUGCUCAUCCAUCGCACAACGGCUCUUCCUCGUUAGGCUCAUCCUCUGGAUCGCAUCCCCAUGGUUCGUCAUCGGCUGCCCACCACGCCGCUGUGCUCAGUCACGCAUCUGCCGCUGCUAGGGGCGGCACUUCCACGGUUGGAGGGCUGAAUCAGACCAAUAAUGCGCAUCUUCAGGCUGCAGCAGGGAAUGUAGUUCUUCAGGCGGGGCAGGGACAGUACGGUCAUUCUCAGCAGCAACAACAAGUCCAUCUUUCUCAGAAUCAGCAACUCCAGCUUCAGUAUGCCCAACAGCAGCAACAACAGCAGAGACGCUCUCCGGUCAACUUUGUAAACCCUACACCCGCUCAGGCGUUGGCAGUGGCACAUCGACAGGCGGCGUCGGCUUCCCAAGUGUACAAUCAGGGUCAGACUCAACAACAGCGAGUACAAGGCCAAAGUCAGGCUCCUCAGCACAUGGCAGCCGCCACAGCUUCUCGGUCUUGGGCUGUACCCAAUCCAUUGUCGGGGAUUCCCAAUCCGGGCCCUAGUAGUGGUUCCGUGGUUCAUGCGAGCAAUGGUGGUAGUAGUGGAGCUCCCAACCCGCUGACGAGUCUCGCGUCAAAUGCUUCCUCGAAUCAGUCCAGAGCGGCAUUACAACAGGUGGCGGUCGGCAAUCCGGCUCUGAUACCAAACACACACAAUUUGCAGCGUGGCCAACAACAACAACAACAACAGCAGUAUGCUCAACAACAAAAUCGACAACAGCACCAUCAUGCAUUAUCUCAACAAGGAGGUCAUGCUCUUCAAGGUCAAACGUUGCAGCAACAGCAGCUUGCUCAACAGCAAGCUCAGCAGCAGCAACGAGCCCAACAGCAAGCUCAGCAGCAGCAACGAGCCCAGCAGCAGGCUCAGCAGCAACAAAGAGCCCAACAACAAGCCCAGCAGCAGCAGCAACGAGCCCAGCAGCAAGCUCAGCAGCAACAAAGAGCCCAACAGCAGGCUCAACAGCAACAGUUGCUCCAACAACAACAGCAAAGACAACAGCAGCAGCAACAACAAGCUCAGAGUCAACAACCUCAGCAGCAACCCAAGCGUAAGGUCGUGUUGAGCGCCGAUGCGAAACAAGCUUUGGCCAAAGCUAUUUGGUCGGCCAUCAAGAAUCCGGAUGGCGUGAUUGAUCCAGAUUUGUUACGGGCAGCGGAGGCGACGGGGUUGCCAAGUCAUGCGAUUCUGAAUGCUGCCAAGGCUCAGCCGCAUUCGACGCAUCAACGCCCACCGACGCAGCCGCCGUAUCAGCAUCGCCCUCAGCCCACGGCGCAAACUCAAAGUCACGGACAGGCGCAUGCUGUUCAGCGGCAACCAGCCGCGCAGCCGUACCAGCAUCGCCCUCAACAGCCUACAUCCCAGACUCAGAGUCACGGACAGGCGCAUCCUGUAAAGCGACCACCAACGCAGCAGCCAUACCAGCAUCGCCCUAAGCCCGCUGCUCAGCCUCAAAGUCACGGACAACCAGCGACUGCCGCUCAGGCGCAUCCGCAAUAUCGUCACGGGCAGCCCUAUCAACAACAUCAGUAUCCACACCAGGGGCAAUCUCAGACCACUGCAGCAGCAGCCAGGGCGCCGUACACGCAAGCGACACAGCAGCAGCACAGGCCUGCUGCGACCCAAUCGCGCACACAGGUGAAACCAGCCACCCCCGUCAGUCGACCCGUCGCUGCGCCGGCUCCUGCUCCUCCGCCGCCACCUCCCGAAAAUCCCUGGAGGCGAGCUCAAUCGGGAACGUUUUUCGUCCAGAAGGGUCGUUUCAUGGUCUUGAACAAUACGCUUAGUGCCUAUUCAAGCCGCACCAGCGCUUGCAAGACGCUUUUGUCGAUCAAACGACCGCAUCCCAAAAAGGUUGCUGUCGUAUCAAAGAACAAGCUUCAAGCAGCGAAACUUCUGCAAGCCAGCCUUCGGAACAAGCAACAGAAAGUGGAACGUCUGGUGGAUCCCAACAAGUUCCGACGAAUCAAAGUCGAACCAAAGAAGCACGCGAAGGCGUUAGACCGAGCUGCUCGCAAAGCACGGCAAGUUGCCGCUGACGCGAUGAACAAACAACACAAGGAAUGGACCAAGGCUCUCUUGAGUCACCAGUCGGAGUUCUUCAAAUUCCACAAGAAUCGCAAAGCGGAAGCCUUGAAGGUAGCCAAGGCUUGUCGAGAUACCUUGGACAAGGAAGAGAAGCAAAAGGAGAAGGAAGCCGCGCAGGCUGAGCGUGCUCGAUUGGCUGCACUGAAGUCGAAUGAUAUGACUGCCUACUCCAAGUUGCUCGAAGAAACCAAGAACGACCGUCUCAAGUUCUUGAUGGACAAGACAGAAGAAUCGUUCCAGCAGAUAUCGUCGCUCUUGCACGAACGAGGGGGUACUAGUAGUCAUGGGGCCAAGUCGAACACGGGAAAAAGCAAGGAGGAUUCGUCGUACUACGAAAAGGCUCAUUUCAAGUCAGAAGAAGUGCGUCAACCCAGUAUUUUAGUCGGUGGUGAUUUGAAGGAGUACCAGCUAGCGGGGUUGCAAUGGCUUGUGUCACUGUACAACAAUAAGCUCAACGGGAUUCUUGCAGACGAAAUGGGUCUGGGAAAGACCAUUCAAGCAAUUUCUUUGGUUGGUUAUCUCAUGGAGUUCAAGAACAAUUUGGGCCCGUACCUCGUGAUCGUCCCUCUGUCAACUCUCUCCAAUUGGCAGAACGAAUUCAUCAAAUGGUGCCCUUCAGCCCGUUUGGUGUGCUACAAGGGGACGCCGGCGGUACGCAGAGAAAUCUACAAGGACCAAGUCAGCAAGGGACAUUUCAACGUACUUUUGACCACUUACGAGUACAUCAUCAAGGACAAGAAGUAUUUGCGCAAGAUUGACUGGACUUAUGCUAUCGUUGAUGAGGGACAUAGGAUGAAGAAUGCACAAUCCAAGUUUGCCGUGACUCUGGGGACACAUUACAAUACGGAAUAUCGUGUCUUGCUGACGGGGACGCCGCUGAUGAAUCAGUUGUCGGAACUGUGGUCUUUGCUGAACUUUCUGUUACCGGCCAUCUUCAAUUCGGUGGAAACUUUUGAUCAGUGGUUCAGCCGUCCUUUCUCGCAAUUUGGAUCGAGCAAUGCCAAUGCCGGUCCCAACGGUGAAAAAGACGAAGCCGACGAGCUUUUGAGCAACGAAGAGCGAAUGCUUAUCAUUCAUCGAUUGCAUGAGCUGCUGAGGCCUUUUAUGCUGAGACGUGUCAAGUCAGAGGUUCUGGAUCAAUUGCCUGAAAAGGUUGAGAAGGUGCUUCGUUGUGAGCUUUCGUCCUGGCAAAAAGAGUUGUACAAGCAGAUUAGUGUCAAAGCGGUGGAAUCAAACAACCUCACUGGUGAUUCAUCUUCCCAGCCAUCAAUACCCAGCCGCGGACUGAACAAUGUUGUCAUGCAGCUUCGAAAAGUCUGCAACCAUCCCAUGCUGUUCUCUCCGGAAGGUUAUCAGAUCAAUGACACGAUUGUUCGUUGUUCCGCCAAAGUGGCUUUGCUGGACAAGAUGCUCCCAAAACUCAAGGCCGCUGGACACAGGGUCUUGAUCUUCACGCAGAUGACGGCUGUCAUGACAAUUCUGGAAGAUUACUUUUCUCUCCGCGGAUACAUGUCGCUUCGGCUCGACGGAUCCACUCCCGCCGAUGAACGCGAAAAGCGCAUGUACAAGUUCAACGCCCCCGACUCUCCAUACUUCAUUUUCUUGCUGUCAACUCGGGCAGGAGGCUUGGGGCUCAACCUGACUGCCGCUGACACUGUUGUGAUUUUUGACAGUGACUGGAAUCCAAUGAUGGACCUUCAAGCACAAGAUCGUGCUCAUCGGAUCGGACAACGCUCUGAUGUGUCAGUGUUCCGACUGUGCACGAAUUCACCUGUGGAAGAGAAGAUUCUUAGCCGUGCCACGGAAAAGCUCAACACCGCUGCUUUGGUGGUGGAAGCCGGAAAGUUCAACAAAGGGAGCGUCGAGAGCGACAACAGUUUGGAGCGAAAACAGCUGAUGGAGAUUCUUCUUACCGACUUUGAUAGCUCCAACGCUCAGUCGACGAACAAGGGGCCAUCCGAAAAAUCGGGAUCUGACAACGGUGACGAGGACGACGAUAGCGCUGUAAGCGAAAAAGAAAAGGAAGAUUUCAACGAGCUUAUCAGCAACAACGACAGAGACUAUGAAAUGUAUUGUGAUUACGACAACAGACGUGUUCGCGAUGGCCUUCCACAGGCAGAGCUGUUUGAAUCACCAGAUGAUGUCCCCGACUGGAUUAACUUUCCCGGUGGGAAGCAGAAGUAUGAGAAUAAUGCUGACAAUGACGUAGACAACAACUCAAGAAAGAGGAAGGCUGUUGUUUACGACGAUGGCUUGACAGAGAAGCAGUUCAUGCGGAUGAUGGACAAAAAGGCCGUCGAAGAGGAAAAAGAAAAGAACGCACGAAAGAAAGCCAGGAAGGGAGGGAAGAAAGCCGCUGUGAAUGCACCAGAAGCCGAUAGUGACGGCGACGAAGAGGACGAAGAUGUUGCCCCCUCUGGAGAUGCCGGCGCCGCUAUCGGAAACGAGCUCACCGACUGGACCUUCCGAAAGCUCAUUAGCUGCACAAAGACCGUAGUCGCAUUGAAAGAGCCGGGGACGAAACGUCGGCUGGCUGACUUAUUCCUGGAAAAGCCAGCACCACAGCAGUUCCCCGAUUACUACGAGCUGAUUGACAAACCGAUUGCCAUCAAUGACAUCUUGCGAAAGUGCAGGGGGAAGCUGUACACGCACUUUUCCGAAUACAAGGACGAUUGGAAGUUGAUGAUUGCCAAUGCCGUAAAGUUCAACGGCGAGGGUUCCUGGGUUGUCAAAGAUGUUCUAGCUCUUGAAAAGGAGCUGGAUCGUGUGCUGAAGCGAAACGGUUUCUCAGAAGAGCAACUCCCAUCUCCUGGAAAGAAGAAAGCCCCCAAGAAGAAGCUUCGUAUCAAGUUGUCCCUCAAGGCUUCGUCAAAAGCCGAAGAGGCCGACGCUGAAGGUGAAGAGGAGGAAGAUGAACCGCCGCCACCACCACCCGAACCAACUCCGAAGAAAAGGCGGGCCAGACGAAAACGAACAUAG